CCAAAAUGGAGCAGCAAGGACUACAACUGGACAAGAAAUUUUUCUCCUGUUCGAUCUGUCUGGAUCUACUGAAGGAUCCGGUGACUAUUCCCUGUGGACACAGCUACUGUAUGAAGUGUGUUAAAACCCACUGGGAUAAACAGGAUCACAAAGGAAUCCACAGCUGCCCUCAGUGCAGGAAAACUUUUGUACCGAGACCUCUUCUGGAAAAGAACACCAUGUUAGCAGCUUUAGUGGAGCAGCUGAAGAAGACUGGACACCAAAUCCCUCCUGAAACUGGACCUGAAGAUGUGGCCUGUGAUUUCUGCUCUGGAAAAAAGGUGAAUGCCAUCAAGUCCUGUUUAGUCUGUCUGGCCUCUUUCUGUGAGAAACACCUUCAGCCUCAUUUUGACAUGAGUCCACUAAAGAAACACAAGCUGGCGGAGCCCUCCAAGAACCUCCAGGAGAACAUCUGCUCUCGUCAUGAUGAGGUGAUGAAGAUGUUCUGUCGUACUGAUCAGAAGUGUAUCUGUUAUCUCUGCCCUGUGGAUGAACAUAAAGGCCACGACACAGUGUCAGCUGCAGCAGAAAGGACUGAGAGGCAGAGAGAGCUGGAGGUGAGACGAGAAAACAUCCAGCAGAGAAUCCAGGACAGAGAGAAAGAUGUGAAGCUGCUUCAACAGGAGCUGGAGGCCAUCAAGCACUCUGCUGAUAAAACAGUGGAGGACAGUGAGAAGAUCUUCACUCAGCUGAUCCGUCUCAUCCAGAAAAGAAGCUCUGAUGUGAAGCAGCAGAUCAGAUCCCAGCAGGAAACUGAAGGGAGUCGAGUCAAAGAGCUUCAGGAGAAGCUGGAGCAGGAGAUCACUGAGCUGAAGAGGAAAGACGCUGAGCUGAAGCAGCUCUCAGACACAGAGGAUCACAACCAGUUUCUCCACAACUACCCCUCACUGUCAGCACUCAGUGAGUCUACACACUCAUCCAGCAUCAAGAUCCGUCCUCUGAGCUACUUUGAGGAUGUGACAGCAGCUGUGUCAGAGCUCAGAGAUCAACUACAGGACAUCCUGAGCGAUAAGUCUAAAAUCUUCUCACCAUCAAUAAUUGAGGUGGAUCCAGUAAUAAAAAAAGAGCUAAAGAGCAGAGCUGACUUUUUAGAACAUUCAUGUACCAUCACACUGGAUCCGAACACAGCACACACACAGCUGGUACUGUCAGAGGGCAACAGGAGGGUCACACUAGUCAGUCAACCUCAGUCUUAUUCUAGUCAUCCAGACAGAUUCACUGGUUGUUGUCAGAUCCUGAGUAGAGAGAGUCUGACUGGAUGUUGUUACUGGGAGGUGGAGUGGAGAGGGAGAGGUGGGUUUGUAGCUGUUUCAUACAAGAAUAUCAACAGAACAGGGGGUGGAUCUGAAUGUGCAUUUGGACGCAAUAACAAAUCUUGGGCGCUGGAUUGUUACCAAAACAGGUACACAUUUUUCCACAAGAAAAUCAAGACCCCCAUCUCAGGUCCUGGUUCCUCCAGAAUAGGAGUGUACCUGGAUCACAGAGCAGGUAUUCUGUCCUUCUACAGCGUCUCUGAAACCAUGACUCUCCUCCACAGAGUCCAGACCACCUUCACUCAGCCGCUGCAUGCUGGAGUUUGGAUUUAUUACUCCAAAGACACUGCAGAGUUCUGUAAACUCAGGUAGACGGGUUAUUAGCGGCUGAGUCUUUCCCCUUCAGCUCAAGUUUAUUGCAACACCUGUUUUUUUGCUGCUGUUUCUAUAAACUUGCAUUUGAAAUAAAAAUGUAUUGUAC